GUAAUCCUUAUUCCUGUCACCAGCCCACACCCCGCCCAAGAGGGCAAGUUCGUCGCCAACCCUGCUCCUCAAACGCUACUCUCAGCCCGCUGGGACCGGACCCGACUACAGCCCACACGUCUCACGGCUAUAGAGCCAGACACACCGGGAGAACAGGGACCAUGCCUUCCGCCACCAAGAUCCUCUACUUCUUCUCCAGCGCCCUGGCCUCCUCCAUCUCGGUGGGGCUGCUGGGGUUCUCCAUGUCCACCACCUGGACCCACGCCACCAUGGAGUGCGCCGCGGACUUGGCCAACACGACGUUCGCCAACGGGACCGCCUCCAUCACCUUGGAUCUCUUUGAUAUGAUCUCGGAGAGGACGUCCUGCCCGGCGAUCGGAAGCCGGCCCGAUAAGUUCAAAGUGUUCACUGAGCUGGGGAACGUCGGCACGGCUCCCCAGGUCCUCCACGGACUGGUUGUCAUGCUGUUGGCCUUGUGUCUGCUGGCGUCCUGCGGCAGCAUCCUCAUCGCCCUGUACAACAGCGUCAGCAACCCCUACGAGACCUACAUGGGGCCCAUCGGCAUCUACGUCUGCAGCUCCGUUGGCGCCUGUGUGUCCUUCUUGGUCCUCGUGCUGUUCGUGAUCAACUUGUUUGUCAACCGCGUGGCGGAGGAACUUGUCAUCGUCGUCAGCACGCUUGCUGCCCUGAAGGUGCAGAACACGCAGGUGUCGAUGGGGCUUGGAUACUACCUGGUCCUCCCCUACCUCGCCCUCACCCUGAUGGCCAUCGGCUUCGUCUACCUCUACCAGCACGCGGCCUACAGGCACCAGCGUGAACAGCAGAGGCCUACCGAAGAGCCUAAGGAUGUGCUGAUGUACUAACGUCGGGGUAGUCAGGACAACGGGAGGAACCCUUCAGGACAUUGAUGAAUCACCGUCUCACGGGACGAAGGGGAACGAGGAGGCCUAUCGCAAGAGUAUCCACAAUCUAUUUAUUGUAAUGGGCGAGGAAGAGCCAUUGAAGAGAGAUAAUGAUGUGUCAGAGUAGAGCGGGCGUGGAAGAGCAGUGGUUUGGGUCUAUUAAUAACGCAUCGUUUUCUUGGAGGAUUAUAAAAUGACCAUGUUUUGAUUGCUUGAUGGUUAAAACUGUUGACACACGUGUCAGUGGCCUUGAUGUAAUCUGUCAAAAUACAAGAGAGGGGAAUUGAUGACAACAUAUCAGAAUGAGGAAGUUAAGGGAAGGUAAAUACAUGCUAUAACAUGUGGGAAACUAAUGUGUUUACCUAUUUGACUGCUAUAUAAUCUUGUAGAUUUAAAUAAAGUGUAAGCAAUUAUUAUGA